ACCUUUUUCUCUUCCCUCAUAGAUUCUUAGGUUACUUUCAAAUAUAAUAUUAACCAGGACAUGCAAUAUUGCAACCCUCUAGACUAUUCAUAUUCAAUUCCCUCUCCCCUAGCCACUCUUUUCUCUCAUUAUAUAAAGCUUCUUCCACCAAACCUGUUUCUCACUCUCAUUCUUAUUACCAUCAUCAUCAUCUCCCAAUAGGUUUUAAUUUUCCUUGCUACUGAUCAAUAUGGAGGAGUCUCAGUACUUGCUGUGGAUCAAGAGAAAACAAAUCUUGAAGUCACACAUUCAACAACCAUUUGGAACCAGCAACAACAACAACUCAUCAUCAUGGGAGGAAAGGGCUUUUGCAGAAGAUGCUGCUAGGAUACUUGGUGGGUGCAUAUGGCCUCCAAGGUCUUACUCAUGCAAUUUCUGUAAAAGAGAGUUUAGGUCUGCUCAGGCUCUAGGGGGACACAUGAAUGUGCACAGGAGGGACAGGGCUAGACUCAAACAAAGCCUUAGUCACCAUAAUGAAGCCCUUCAACAUCAUCAAAAAAAUGAUUGUACAGUUGCAACAAGCAAAGUCUCAUCUUCUAGGGCCUCAACUAUAUCUACCCAAGAAAUUUGUUCUCAUCAGCCUACCAUGUCCCUUUAUUCUUCCUUAAUUGGGUGGGGACAUCAUCACCACAUGGAGUCUCCUGAUUCAGAACCAAAAGGGCAAGUGAAUGCAAGGGAAGAAUUUUUAAAAGGUUUGGGUUGUAAUGAUUAUGUUGAAACAAGUUUGUCUGUGGGACAAAGUGCAGUGUUUGGCCAAAAAUUACCAACAACUGAAUCAUGUGGGGACGAAAGCAUCAGUUAUAAAAGAUCAAAGACUUCUAUGCCUCCUUUGCCUGGAGUUUUCCUCAAGCCAUGUUCAAAUGAUAGAAACCUAACUUUUCAGUCUGCAGAAUUUGUACUUGGACUCAAGCCUGGAAUGGAAGACUUAGAUCUUGAACUCAGGCUGGGGAAGCCACAGAAAGUUAUUUAGUAUAUAGGACAAACAAAAGAAGUUGUAGUGGAGUGUCAGUGUUUGCCUUUUUUUUUUUCCUUUCCUAUUAGAGGUUCAUAGAAAGUAGGCAAUUAAGAACCUUCUUCGCCUGACUAAACCCACCUUGAGUAGAAUUCUCAGGUUUAUUUUCAAGAGACGUUAAUUUGAAUACUAAUGUUAUCUCUAGUUGCAUAUGUUUUGUUUGA